CACCCUGCACCACUCCACCACCACAGAUCCGCCUCUGCUCACUAUCAGACGGGAGGGGCAGGAACUCCAGGACUGGUGGAGUUUCCGACCAGGCAGGAAAACGAACAAAGGAACUGUGGGGGGAGAGGUUGGAGGGUGGCUGGGACUGUGGCAGGAGUGGACCAGGAUUCUUCGCCAUGGAGUAUGAAGUCAAAAAAGGGAAAAAGGGCUUCGUAUCUCCCAUCCGAAGGCUGGUGUUCCCCAAGGCAGCACGCAGGGCAGCCUGUCGAAGCAGCGUGAGCCGCCGGCCACUGCACUCAAUGCCACUCUAUCCCCCUGAUUACCUCAUCGACCCCCAGAUUCUGCUAUGUGACUACCUGGAAAAAGAAGUCAAGUUUCUGGGCCACCUUACCUGGGUGACAUCCUCACUGAACCCCUCUAGCCGGGACGAGCUCUUGCAGCUUCUGGACACUGCCAGGCAGUUGAAGGAGCUGCCGCUGAAGACCACUGCAGAGCAGGACAGCAUCCUAAGCCUGUCAGCUCGCUGUCUGCUACUUACCUGGCGCGACAACGAGGAGCUCAUCCUGCGUAUCCCCACGCACGAGAUAGCUGCCGCCUCUUACCUGCAGGACGACGCGCUGCACCUGCUGGUGCUUAAGACUGGUCUGGGAGUGGACCCGGUACCAGCCGGCGUAGACGCCAGUCCCGGAGGCGCGCGGCGCGAACCAGGCCCACCGGGCGCGGCGCCCGAGAAGCGGCGCGGGGGCACAACGGAGCGGCGCCACACCAUCUGCAGCCUGGACUGGCGGAUGGGCUGGGGCGGGGGCGCGGGCGCCGAGGCCCGGGCGGGGGGCGGCGGCGGCAGCCUGGAGCGCCAGCGGGCGGGGGCGCGCGCGUCGGGCAGCUGGGAGCGGCGGCAGACCUUCAGCGGCAGCUGGGAGCGGCGGCACGGCGGCGGUGGCAGCGGCGGCGCAGGCAAACCCGGCGGCAGCUGGGAGCGCAGGCAGGCGGGCAGCGGCGCUGGCAGCUGGGAGCGGCGGCACCCGGGUUCCAACCCGCUGGACCCGCAGGACCCCAGUCCUGACGCCUACUGCAACCUUGUCAUCCUGGCUGUGGCCAAUAGGGAUGCUGCUGAGGAGUCCUGUGCCCUUAUCUGUCAGGUCUUCCAGAUCAUCUAUGGGGACCAGAGCAUCGAGUGCGUGGACCGGGCUGGCUACCACUACAUGUCAACACCCGAACGGCCUUGGCUCUGCAGCCGAAGUGAGAGCUGCCGCACAGAUGGGACUUAUGCCUAUGAUGCUGACUUCAGCUGCUGCAGCUCCUUCAAUGGCUCCCAGGAUACAUUUGAAGCCUGUUACAGUGGCACAUCAACUCCGUCCUUCCAUGGUUCCCACUGCAGCGGCAGUGACCACAGUGGCCUGGGACUUGAGCAGCUGCAGGAUUACAUGGUCACGCUGAGGAGUAAGCUGGCCCCUCCUGAAAUCCAGCAGUUUGCAUUGCUGUUGCGGGAAUACAGGCUGGGGCUGCCCAUCCAGGACUACUGCACAGGCUUGCUGAAGCUCUAUGGGGAUCGUCGCAAGUUCCUCCUCCUGGGGAUGCGACCCUUCAUCCCCGACCAAGACAUCGGCUACUUCGAGGGCUUCCUGGAGGGUGUUGGCAUCCGCGAGGGCGGCAUCCUCACCGACAGCUUCGGCCGCAUCAAGCGCAGCAUGAGCUCGGCGUCUGCGUCUGCAGUGCGCAGCUACGACGGCGCAGCUCAGCGGCCCGAGGUGCAGGCCUUUCACAGGCUGCUGGCCGACAUCACACACGACAUCGAGGCCCUGGCCCCUGACGACGACGAAAGCACAGACCUGGAUGCCCAGGAAUCCCCGAGUGGGGGCGACACAGCAGAGGACAACUAUCUAUAGCCUGUGGCCACUGCCAUGUGGACAGCGGGGAACGGACGCGGCCCUGCCACCCUGCUUGGAGUCCCACUUACUCUUGCAUAUGGGACCCCAUGCCUAGAACCCCCUCCUCACCUCCUUUGCCUGAGUCUCAGUCUCUGCCCUUUGGGGCUCCGGUCCUUGCAGUACCGAGAAUGUCCUGCAGGUGGGGGAGUACCCUAAAAUUCUGCGCCGUUUUCCCUGGGGUUCUGUGGGCCUUUCUGCCAGCUUCCUGGCUGGUCUGCAGUGGACCUGUUUUGUUCCUCUAGCCCAUAGGACUCAGCCAAGGGAGCGAUGAAGAGUGGGCUCCACCUGCUGGCAUACUGAGAAAAGACUUCCCAAAGCCUGGAGACCUCUUUCUUCUGACAGUCGAAUAAACUGGCAUUCUCUUGAUUCUCCUUGGUAUUACCUCAUAUUCACUGUACGAAGUGUGUGAGGGGGUUCUUUCUAGGGGAGGGGGCUUUUUAAAGUUAUAAGUGGCAGAGUCUCAGCUGACUCAGAUGUGGGUGAUCUUGAUCCCCAGACGCUGAACAAGUUGUCUUUCCCAGGAGAUCACCCCUUCCUACCUUACAGGCUGGAGGUUAAUGAAGGCCAGGACCUGAGUGCUAGUCCUAAUACAUGACAGGUGCUCAAGAAAUGCU